AUGAUUAGUGGCAAGUCCACGACCGAAACCGCAUCGGCAACAACAGAUGUCGCAUCUUCGACAGCCUCUGCUUUUUCUUCAUCCACCACAACAAGCAACGCAUCUCUACCGUCCAGUUCUGAGCCGGGCAAAUCAGAGUCAUCUGAAGCACCUGCAGGGCUUUCCACUGGUGCAAAGGCAGGAAUUGGGGCUGGUGUCGGUGUUGGAGCCAUCAUGGCUGUUGCUGUUAUAUAUCUCUUUUGGAAGAUGCGCAGAAACGAAAAGGCUGCCAAGCAGGGCGAGCAACAGCCAUCUUUGAGUAACAACUCGAUGACGGAUGCUCGGCAACAAUCUCAGUACGUGUGUGCUUCGAAGGGGUAUCAAUAUCAGCCUCAAACUCCACAAGAGCUAUCUGGGACUCCGUUGCAGGGCUAUAAUGGGCGGGCUGAGUUGCCAGCACAUAACUGA